AUGCCUCACGUUUCGGAUCCAUCCGUCGCAAGCGAAAUUCAGACAAUCUGCUGCUUAAUGGAGAAGCUCCUCGAGCGGGAAGACGGAUUAAGGCAAGAGCUAGAGGAGCUUAAGUUCCGGAUAGAGGACCAGUUCUCGCACAAACAAGCAUGCGACCAUUGCGCCGAUCUGAGAACAGUCAUCGCAAGAUUGGAAGAUAAGAUAUUACAUCAGGAGUUUACCGUUAGCAGCCUCGUGGAGUGUCAAUGGUUGUUAGACCGAGACUUGACCCUGGAAAGACAGAAGGUAGGGGGUUUGGAGUCUCGUCUUGCGGACCAGUACCUGGUAAACGAGUCUCUUCUGCGUGCAGUCACACAAGUUGAAAGCAAUCGCAGCUCCUGGGACAUUCAACAUGUUCUCCUCGAGAACGAGAGGCAGCGCGAAUCAAUCUCUACCCUGCGAUCUGCGUUAGAUGUGAAGGACAUCACCAUACAGUGUUUGCGGAUGGCUUUACAAGACAUAUCACCUGACGGCUGCGGGACCAAUAAUGGUAAUAUCCUUCAGAGUGAGCUAGAGUUUCCUUCCCCAAGAGACGACAUUCUCACCAAUGAGAGCCGCCAUGGUUCAAGCACACCACGCCCGUAUCAAUACCAAAGAGUGUCUCACGGAGAAUGA